CGAGCCGCGACCAGCUGCAGAAGGAGAAAAGCCUUUUUGCUUUCGGGACGAUUUGGUCGAGUCGUGCCCAUGGUCGGCUUAGAGGGAGAAGGGACAACCAGAAAAUCAUCGUUUGAGCGUCAGAGGAGAAAAGAAAACACAGAAGUUAAUUCUAAAAGGCCUCCAGUCCUUGCCUCUGGUGGGUGUUUCGUCUUUGGUGCUUUAUGGAGCCAGUUGCUUCUUCGCAUUUCUCCCUGCCAGGCUCCCUUCUCUUCUUCCACCUCCUCAGCUCGUUUGCACCGGUCUCAGUCCCGUUUACUGUCCUGGGACCCACUGAUCCAGUCCUGGCCAUGGUGGGAGAAAACACCCGUUUACCCUGCCACCUGUCACCGGAGAAAAACGCUGAGGAAAUGGAAGUGCGCUGGUUCCGGAAGCAGUUUUCGCCGGCAGUGUUCGUGUACAAGGGCGGGCGGGAGAAGACGGAGAUGCAGAUGAAGGAGUACCGGGGAAGAACAACCUUUGUAAGCGAAGAUAUCACCAGGGGGAACGUGGCGCUGAUCAUACACAAUGUCACAGCCCAUGACAAUGGCGAUUACCGAUGUUAUUUCCAAGAAGGCAGAUCCUAUGACGAGGCCAUCACGAGCCUGAAGGUGGCAGGCCUGGGCUCUAAGCCCAUCAUUGAAAUGAAGGGCCAUGAAGAUGGAAGCAUCCGGCUGGAGUGCACAUCUACAGGAUGGUACCCACAACCCCAUGCGGUGUGGAGGGACCCUUAUGGGGAGAUCAUGCCCUCCCUGGACGAGGCUUACCCUGCGAAUGCAGAUGGCCUCUUCCUGGUCACCAUGGCUGUGAUCAUCAGGGACCACUCUGUGAGGAACGUGUCCUGCUCCAUCAACAACACCCUGCUCAACCAGGAGAAGGAAACUGUGAUUUUCAUUCCAGAUUCCUUUACUCCCAGCACAUCUCCCUGGAUGGUGGCCCUGGCUGUCGUCCUGCCUUCUCUGCUUCUCUUUGUCUCUGCGACCAUCUGUCUCAUCAAGAAACUCCACAGGGAAAAAGAGAUUCCGUCGGUACAAAAGGAGAUUGAAAAUGAAGAGAAAGAAAUUGCACAGCAACUUCAAGAAGAAUUGCGAUGGAGAAGAAGUCUCCUACAUGCGGCGGAUGUGGUCCUGGACCCAGACACCGCCCAUCCCGAGCUCUUCCUGUCAGAGGACCGGAGAAGGGUGAGGCGGGGCCCCUCCAGGCAGAGCGUGCCUGACAACCCGGAGAGGUUUGACUGUCAGCCUUGCGUCCUGGGCCUAGAGAGCUUCUCCUCAGGGAGACAUUACUGGGAGGUGGAGGUUGAAAACGUGAUGGUGUGGGCUGUGGGGGUUUGUAGAAACAGUGUUGAGAGGAAAGGAGAGAUCCUACUGCUUCCUCAGAAUGGCUUCUGGACCCUGGAGAUGUUUGGGAACCAGUACCGUGCCCUGUCCUCCCCUGAGAAGAUUGUCCCCUUGAAAGAGCGCCUUCACCGAGUUGGCAUCUUCCUGGACUAUGAAGCUGGAGAUGUGUCCUUCUAUAACAUGAGGGACAGGUCGCACAUCUAUACCUGUCCCCGUUCGCCCUUCUCUGAGCCCCUGAGGCCCUUCUUGAGGCUGGGGUCUGAUGACAGCCCCUCUUUAUCUGUCCAGCAUUUACAGGCGCCCAGGGGGUCAUGGUGCCUGAGGGUGGCCUGGUCCUUCAUAGGGCAGAGACCCACCACAGCCUCUGGGACCAAUUUCCUGGUCUCAGAGCCAAGUAGAGAAGCCCAGGCCACCUCUACUAUCACAGCGCAGCGCCCCCUGGAGGAGAACCACCCUCCUUCCUUCUGGUCAUGGAAGAGAAUCUCCUCCAGAGGUCCCCUGGACACCUACAAGCUCCAGCCCCAUGUCUCCCUCAUGAGGCUGGUGCUCUAAUAAGUCACUUGCAUGUAACCACGGGGCAGGGUCCAGUCUCAGGAACACUAGUACUGCCACAUGUCUGCCAAUCAAGAAGCAUGUGACAGGCAGAAAACUGGCUGCCGUAGCAUCAGAGGGACACAGCCUGCUAUGGAGUUGGCAUCAGAUAUUGUGGAUUUGGGGCGAGAGCAACACGACAACCAGGAUGUAAGAGGGGAGGGGGAAACCACGCAGGGAGGUCAGAGAUGGAGGUGGUAAGACCAGAGAGGUGGAUCAAGGCGAUGGAUGUGCUUGUGCCCCAUCAUGACAGCACAGGGGUCCCAGGAGCUAUUGGUCCACUUCCAACCCAUCCCCAAGAUUUCCAGAGCACACAGUAAAGUUCCUCAGGCCUAGAUCUGGGAUGGGGAAGGAUGAAGGAUGAAGAUGCAUCUGAGUCUGGCCUGGCUCGUGUAUCUCCACCAUAAACAAGGCAUCUAUACGUAGUUACAGAGUGGGCCAAGGUUUAAGGUCCCAGCUGAACAGGUAAGCAUUGGACCAAGUGGAUUUCAAGGUCAGGUUCAGUGGAGAGAACAAUGCUUUCCAGCUUUUGGGCCUCAGGAUGCCUUUAGAUACUUAAAAAUUAUUGAGGACCCUGGAGAGCUUUUGUUCAUUUGGGUUAUAUCUAUCAAUAUUUGAAAUGAAGAAAUUUUUUAAUGUAUUUAUUAAUUUAUAUUACAAUAGCAACACACCAAUUUUAGGUUAAUAUAGAAAAACAUGUUUCACGAAAAAAACUUGUUUCCAAUGCAAAAUAAAUUUGAGAAGUGUGGUAUUCUUUAAUGUUUUUUUCAAAUCUAAUAAUGUCUGGCUUCUAGAAGGUGGCUAGAUCCUCACAUUUACCUCUGUAUUCAAUGUUGGGAUAUCACAGGUCAUGCAGACUCUAGAAAAAGCCACUGUACACUAGUGAAAGAAGGAGAGCAAAAAUGACAAAUAAUGUCUCAGUAAUAUUAUUAUGGAAUAAUAUUAACCUUGCAGGCUCCUUGAAAGUAUACCAGGAACUCCCCAGAAAUCUUCAAAACAUCUUUUCAGAACCAGGAUAGAGGAUCUGGAAUUGAGUUAGGCAUCUAAGAUGAUGGCUUAAAUGGUAAUAUGUUGGAUUUUACAUAAUUCAGCCAUCUAUUUGUAAAACUAAAAAAUCAAAAAGAUAUUUUAAAAGCUCAAAAUUGUAUUACUGUAAUGGACAUGUUCUGGAAAGACCAGGAACACUGAAAUGGGUGAUUUAUUGAGAUAGAAGACUGGGUUAUUAAUGUGUAUUGCAUGUUUUUUUUAUUUUUGGUACUGUUGAUAUAAUACUAUUUGAACAGUUUUUUGGUUUUUUGUUUUUUUUCUAACAGCAUAUGGGGGUUCCCAGGCUAGGGGUGAAUCAGAGCUG